GAAUUGGGCGGGCUGACGUCCUGCCUGCCGCCGACUGCCAGCUUGACCACCAGGACCAGUUACCAAAAGAGCAACAAGUUCGCGGAGCACUUUUUCCAGCGGUCUUCCGCCCCGCCGAGGGGGGCGGGGACAAUCUCACACGCCAGUGAUCCCCGCGGCUCGACGGAUUACGAUGGUGUUGACCAGUGGGAGGGACUGAUCUCGCCGUCAAGCAAGCCACCGCGAACGACAGCCGUUGUCGUGUCUGGCACCCGUCGCUUGGGUAGUAUGAAAGUGGCCAUUGCUCACGGAGAUGACGGCAGGCGAUGGAAGCUGCUGCACAACCCUUCUGGCUGGUCACUGUUCGGGCCGACGGUGAUGCUGACCGAGUGUGCCAAAAAGCUUAACGGGUGCGAUGGUCUGCUCAAGUGCGUAAACGACCUUGGGAAGCAGAUGGGCAUCUUCCCAGACGGCGAUGGCGGCUCAAGCCCUUUGGAAGCGAUCGAGAAAAUACCAGACUUCUUCAGGCACUUCAUUGUGUGGAUGACAGGCGGGACCAAAUUUUGCAACAGUUUGAGACGGAUGCGCACGACAUAUGACCGCCUCCUUGUGGAUGGCUCGAAACAAGCUUUCGACCUUGCCAACAACGCCACGUUGGGCAUGCUCGAUGCAUUUGGAGACAUCGUGCAGCGGAGGCUCGAUGAGUGGUUUCUCUUCGAUCUGGACGCGUGUGUCGACGAGGGUGGUGACGAGUGCAAUCCACGUAAGGGUGGUGAUGCGAAUUGCGAUUGCAAUCUGCACAACUAUCCAGCUAAGUGGCGCCCCGACAAGGCAAAGGCGCAGACUACAAAGAAAGUGCAGCUGCAGCUGCAGCAGGCACUCGAGCUAGCAGAGCAAGCCUCCACGCCGAGUCGCUACUCUCCCCUCGGCGACCCCUGGGGUGCUUUUGACCAGUUCGACUGGUUUGUGAACCCGUGGCGAGACUCGAAUCACGACGCUACUCUUUGCACAAUCAGGGAUCCAAGAUCUGGAGAGCCGAGCACUUGGAACACACCUAGAUGUGCCAGCAAGUUCCGUGAUGUCACCCAUCUCUUUAUCUCAAACACUUCCGCAAACAUGAAGUACGCGGAGCUGGCUGAUGGGCAUACGUACAAGUGCUGCUGCAACGAGGAGACGGGAGUGUGCAAAUUGGAGAACGCGGACGAGGAGAAAUCGAGUUGGUUGUUUCGUGGUUGUGGAAGCCUGAUCGGCAGAAAGUGGCAUUCCUGGCACAAAAUGAAGGACUACGUUUCCGCCGUUGAUGGCCUGCCUGGCGUGGGCUCCUGCGUAGUCUCAGAGCACCAGCUUCCGAAUGUGCUCAGAGCGUCACUCGCAGCGUAG